GGGGGCUUUGCCCGGUUUCUGAAAGGCAACAAAACUUUUUUUAAAUUGAGCUAGCUACGACAUCUAUCUCCCCCACACGAAGACAGCCAUCACAAUGACUUCGACGAACAUGUUUUCAGGACUCGAUAAUGGCGCAAAGCCAAGUUCAAGAGUCUUGCGUCCCCCCGGUGGUGGCUCCAGUGACCUGUUCGGUGGCUACGAGGAAGAAGCAGCUGCGUCGAGACGGCCCCACAAGAUGGCCUCCAACCUUUUCGCCCCGCCAGAGCCCCAGGGUGUCAUCAGACGAACCAACCCCCCAGGAGGUAAAAGCAGUGGGAUAUUUGGUUCUCCAGAUGCCCCAGCCGAGCAACGGAGACCCGUACCCUCAGGCGGCAACACCAGCAACAUAUUCGGGGGGUUAGAGAGCGCCCCUCCCUCGGUCAAAGCCCAUUCCAACAAGCCAAAGGACAAUAUUUCUGUUGGUGAAAGUCCCAUGCCCAUACCCGAGCCCCCAGCUCCUCUGCCAAAGGUGAGCCUGGCCAAGGAGGUGAAGGAAGAGAACGUUGCCUCCUCCCCCACACCCACCAAAGUAGCAGUGGAACCUGUACCUGCUCCCUUGGCCAAGAAGCCAGAGCCAGAGGCCUCCCUCAGUGAGCUCUCACUGAAGGACCACGAGCCCCACCUCGGCCCCCGCCCCCGAUCCCACAACAAGGUCCUUAACCCCCCAGGAGGGAAGUCGAGCGUGGUCUUCUACUGAACCAGCUCCUCCAUCCCAUCUAUUCAUGUAUGCAUCCCAAAAGGCACUCUAUUCCCUAUAUAAGUAACCCUUGUCCGAGCCAGAACGGAUCUCUUGUUUCUGUUGCGUGAGGCUGCUUGAUGUACAAGUACAUCCCCUGGACAGGACACUAGUUUAUGGGCCCUGGUCAUAAUUUGUGGACUGUAUAGGAACAGGGUGCCAUUUGGGGCACAACCUAUGCCCACUAUCAUUCUCUGUUCUCUUAAUUUUCCCUAUUCACUCUGUCCUUCCCUCCCUGUUCAUUUUAUUUUCCGUGGCUAUCAAGCUGGAAGAAAAUUCUCAACAAUCAUUUUUACAGGCUAAAUUCCUGUCCAAUCAUUCAAAAUGGUUAAAUUUCUCUUUCAUUGCAAGGGUUCUAUUUCUUGCUGUAAAUGUUUUUUUAUUACAUGGUUUUGAAUGUUGUGUUGAUUACAAGGGCAGGAUGAGUUCAUUUAGUCAGUUAUACCAAAAACAUUUAUAAUGAAAUUAUAAAUUCCAUUUAGAAUUCAGUGUAUUUGUGUCGGCAUUGAGACCGCUGUUGCCCAUGCACAUGGUUGUCAUAGUGUAAGCCCUUAAGUGAUCACAAUCACUCUUUACUGUUACUUUGUUGACAAUAACACAUAUCCCAAUAUUAUGUUCAUUCUGUCCUCCAUUUCAUCCCACUCCUUUUCUCUCUCUCCUCUAAUAAUCAAACCUAUCUUGAGUCUCUGGAGCCAGAAACAAACUCUUGUGCAGGGAGAAAAAAGCAAAAAAUCGACUAACUAGUGAGUGCAAAGCAAAGAGCCACAGGCAGUACCCAUUAUGUAUUGCCCACCCCCAAAGUUCUUGUUGUUCGGAAUAAAUUCCAUUAUGAUUUUAUAUAUCGCCCAUGCAAAUGGCCGAAUGUAUUGUAUGUUGUGGUUGUUUCCUGCUCUGUUACCAUUGCUUGCUGUUAUCAGAGGAUGGUGUCCACUCGGAGGCCUCUAUGUUUUAAAUUAAAACGGCUGCUGUACACAAGUGAACUCUGGAAUAGUACAUGACCGGGCAAAAUACGGGUGGGGACUUGGAGACGUUAAGUCACCCCUAGCCAACCACACACCGCACCACGUUCCAGGCUGCCUACGUAGCAGUUGCACACCAAAUCUUACCACGCCUGGAUAAGCCUUUUAAUGUAAUGUCAGUAACCAGUAUGACUAGUUUCUCGUCAACUUAUACACCUUUUAAUUUACACUUUGGUUCAGCAUAUAUUUGGAGGGUGUUAGCUUUUGGCCUAGCCCGGAUAACAGAUUCAACCGAUUUUCAUGCGAAUAAUUCAAAAUGUGCAUAAAAACAAUAUUUGCAUGUUCUCACGAUGUUUCUAUCAAAUUGACUUGUUGUGGAUAAAAGACUGUGUGUGAUGUCGUACUGCACAUAAAUAUUUAUUUUGCAAUUAAAAUCCCAUGUACUGAAUAAAAAAUAAGUUAAAUGGGAUCUACUUUACUUGCAUAAAAAGGUGGAAACCUGGUUAGUAGCGACAUCAACCGACUAGAUGGCGCGGUAUUAAAUUGAUUUGUGUUGUGUGGCCGGUUUGCAGGCAGUCUGGAACGCAAAAGGUCUCCUGGUGCCAUCUUAACCCCUGAGUGUUGGAGUGUUGGCAGGCAAAGUUCACAGCAGAGGAAAAGCAAAAAGAACCUGUGUAUUGCAAUAAAACUUAUUUUCUGA